GUUCGAUCAAGGAGAUCUUAUCUUAGGCAGAUCCUCACGAGAUUAUUACUUGGAUGAAAUGCAUAGCACAAAAAUUGAGGCUUUAAAACGUUCUCUCGUCAGUAAGGUAGAGCUAUUUCAAAAAGACGCUAAUCUAACAACCAACAGAACAGAAAUUGAAAAGGACAUAGACGAACUGGUCAAAUUUGAAACGGAAAUGGCACAGAUCUUGGUUGCUGAUGAGCACCGCAGCAACUAUAGCAGACUUUAUAAUCUUCGCCACUUGAAUAACCUACAGGAGCUCAUGCCUUUAGUCGACUGGUCGCGAUUUUUCCUUGCCAUCGCUCCAAGAGAUUCCCACCAAUAUCUCAGGUCGAAUCCAGAAGUGCUUAUCGCAGAAAUCGAUUAUCUAAGAGGAAUAACCAAAGUUUUGAAU